UGCCUGUAACUAGGUAAAAUAUCGCAUCUUGCAGGGGCCGAGUAAAGAAGAAUGUGUAGUUUGAAAUUAAACCUAUAAUGACUGACGCCGAUGCAAAUAUUAGGACAACGAAGGUCGAUGAUUCUUAAGAUUGCCAAACAGUGAACCUCGUCCCACCCCCUAAAUGAUAAGCAACCGCGGAGCUGCUCCUUGUGUUCUCUUCUCUCGUGAUUAAUCUCUUUGUUCACACACACAACAUUUUCAGUAGUUUAUUUGUAAAUUUGUGUAUUAAUUUUAUACAACUGUUCACGUUCCGACAUGAUUUCAUGUCGCGCUGUGGCGAUCCUGCCAAUGGCUAAACUGUCGUUUGUCAGAGCAGAGAAACCGUUGGCUCCAGAUCUCGGCGCGGACCGUACAUCCGUCAGUGGUGGCGCCACCUCUCGCCGGCGUGACCUCGUCUUCGUCGUCAAUCCUCGAGGAGCUAAUGGAAGGACUGGCAAGGAGUGGAACAAACUGUUACCUUACUUAAGGUCUCGCCUUAGUUCUGAUUGUAAUAUAUGUGAAUCUUUGACUACUGGUCCUUGCCAUGCCAUUGACAUUACAAGGGAGGCUAUACGUGAGGGUGCUGAUGCCGUCAUUGCCGUUGGAGGCGAUGGGACUCUACAUGAGGUUGUUAAUGGCUUUUUCUGGGGCGGGAAACCUGUUUCUAAUCUUAGGGGUGGCAACACAAGGACUUUAAAUAUAGGGCUUAUUCCCUUGGGAACUGGUUCUGAUUUUGCCCGAACAUUUGGCUGGAAAAAUGACCCUCAUGAUGCUAUUGAACGCAUUGCUAUAGGGAGGAGAUCUCACAUUGAUGUUGGAGUUAUUACUGGAGAAAGUGGAGAACCACACUAUUUUAUAAAUGUAGCCGACGUUCAUUUGAGUGCAAAGGCUGGUUAUUACGCAUCAAGAUACAAGAAGUUCAGAAAUCUAUGUUAUGUUAUAGGUGCUUUGCAAGCCUUUUUUGGUCAUCAUAACAAGGAUCUUAGAAUAAAGAUUGACAAUGGAGAUUGGAAAGUUUACCCCCAGGUAACAGCUAUUUGCAUUGGGAAUGGCAAAUACUUUGGUGGUGGAAUGAAGAUUACACCGAAUGCCCACCCAUCUAGUAGGAACUUUGAGGUGGUUAUUCUUCAGGACUUCAAGUGGUAUGACUUUGUCCUUCAACUGCAUAAGCUAUACAAUGGUACACACUUGUUGGUGAAAAACGUGUCUUCGAGAAGUGCAUGUUCAAUUGAAGUUGAGGAGAUUGUCAGCAGUGGCAGUAUUUUUGUCCAGUCUGAUGGGGAAUAUUUAGGGUGCCUCCCAGAAAAGUUUAGCAUUUUGCCAGGUGCUAUUGAGAUGAUAUGCUAGCAUCUUCUCGAACGAGAGCAAGUUGACGUGUGGUUUCUCUUGUAUGAAGGUAUUUCCAGAAUAAACACCACAAGAAUGAAGAUAACUAAGUAUCCUUCACACAGAAAAAAGCAGCGAAAGAAGAGAAUGGAUCUAUCAGUGUUAGUGUGGAUUGGGAGGCCAACUUUAAGAGAAGGUCCAAAUGCAUGGGGACUGAAUCCAAGGUUUUGAGCGAUUAGUUUCUUCUUUCUGUAGUUUGGAAACUGGAAUGAACACAAAUAUUGCACUGAGUUUGAUAUCUGUACAUGGGCUUUUAAAUCGGUUGGGGGCUACUGGGCUGUUUUUCUUAUAGAUGUUUGGAAUGUGUUGUGGCCA